AUGACGGGGGAUAUAAGGCAAAGGAUAGCCAAUGGCACGACAAGAAAGGAAUAUAAAGAAUUGAUAGAAACAGAUAAAACAAAAUAUUGGGAUCCUCUCACUGAAGGAGUAAAAUGGAUCGAGCAAUACGCGGAACCAAUAGAGGAGUUCUUUAAAAAGAUACCUGAAUUCAUUAGUACGUUUAUCGCCACAUUAGCUAUCUUCACACUUGGUGCUACUUUAAGAGGAGAAUGGGUAGUAAUAUUAGUGACAGCGUUAAAACAGAUCUCAGGGCACACGCAGAGUGGCCGAAAUAUGACAAGGGAAGAGAUAUUCAAUCUGUUUACGUCUCGAAACCUGAAGUUGGAAAAUUUCGGCGUGAUAUUUAUCUGGGCUCACGUAGUGUCCUUAGGAGUGUACUUCUCGGUAGGAGGAUUUCUACAUUGGUACUUCUAUAUGCAAAGGAAACACCGAGCUCACGAGUGGAAGAUCCAGCCAAACAAAUGGCUGUCCCCGGAACUUGAGCGUCAUGAAAUCAUGGUGGGAACUAUAUCACUCCUAAUCGUCGGAAGCUUCUCCGCUUUCCUUGCUUGCUAUAUCUACAACGGUAAUCCGUGCACCGUUUACUUUCAAUUCGACGAAUAUGGUUGGACUUGGUUCUUUCUGCAGUACCCAGUCAUUUUUCUCUACAUGGACUAUACAACGUAUAUUCUGCAUCGUUUGUACCAUACUCCUUGGCUUUAUAAGCGGUUCCACAAGCUUCACCAUAAGUACAAGCAGCCGACGGCUUUCUCCGUGACAGCGAUCCACCCCGUCGAAAUUAUGCAUGUCCAACUCACGUCGUGCUUGCCUCUCUUUACUGUCCCCGUACACUGGAUGCCUUUCUAUAUGGUCGCCCUUUACAAUUACUUCCACGGCAUCAUCGACCAUUCUGGAAUUAAUUUCAAGUCGCAGUGGUGGCAACCAUGGCAGCCAGACGCCGAGUUCCACGAUCAACAUCAUCAAUUCUUCCACUGCAACUUUGGAUUCAAUAUGUCGUUUUGGGAUAAGAUACACGGUACGAUGAGGAAAACAAAUCUCGUAUACACUGAAGAAACUUUUCACGGAAAAGCUCCUUCUGUUGACUCUCCUGAAGCUAAGGCGAUCGUUGAGAAAGAUCCUGACGCGAUAAGCCAACUUGAACAAAGUAAAAAUAGUAUAAAUGCCGGGUAA